AUGAUUGAAAUUAUUGUACAUUAAGAAACAUUUUCACAUAGUAUUGACAUAAUGACACUUUAUAUCAUCUCAAUUAAAGGGGAUUUCAAUAUGAAAGUUUAAAGUAUAAUCGAUGAAAAACGAAUUUAAACAAUAUUUCUUUUAGAAAAUCAAGAAUAGCUCCUAAACUUAGAGAACAUCACUAAAUCUUUGGCCUCGAAAAGUUUGGAAGAUUAAUGCGAAAUUUUAUUUGUAAAAUCGAUUUAUCUAUCAUAAAGAAAGAAAUCUACGAAGCUAAAAAGAAUAUUGGGUUACUUUUUUCUGAAGGAAAAAACGAUACUCUUCUUUUCUUUGCCUCAUAUAUGAUUAUGUAAGAGAAGAAAAAUAUGUCUUGGUUAUAAGAAUAAGUAAGAUGUCUCUCGAAUUUAGACCUUUUACUCGACUUUUCUGAAAACAGAACAAGAAACCUUACAAAACUUGAUAAAGAACAGUCCUGACACUUUGGGGAGCAUAUUUCUACAUACAGAGUAGUUGAAGACCGAAAAUCCACUUGUUUCAAGUGAGAUUAUCUAUGCAGAUAAACCACAAAAUUCAGAAGCAUUCGAUUUGAAUCCACCAUUUGUAGAAGGAUCUUAGUUCAACCCACCCUUUCCUAACAUUUUUUUAGACUCACAUAUAAUUGAACAAUAGGAUAAUUCACUGACUUAGAGUAUGGCAAAUACUCAAAAAAAUGGCAUAUAAAAAUCUCAGGUACAAAAUGGCAAUGACAAAAUUAUAGAAGUAAAAGAAUAAGAAAUAGAAUCAAAAGAAUUUGAAUAAGAAUAAUAUUAAUAUUAAGAAUUUGAAUAAGAAUAAGAAUAAGAAUAGACAAUAAAGGAACUAGCUCCGCCUAUUUAGUUUUAAUCGUUUUAUCAAAAGUAUACAAUCAAAUGUUUUAAAUGA